AUGGCAGCUGAUGCUUCUCAAGGCCCCCAAGUUCCUCCCACCAUGGACGCGUCUCCUCCCGUGCCGCCCGCCGACGAGCCCAUGUACGGCGGCUACUCUCGCUUCGAGAUUGAACUGGAGUUCGUCCAGUCCCUCGCGAACCCCUUCUAUCUCAACCAUCUCGCCUCUCAGAAACUCCUCGCGCAGCCUGCUUUUGUCGCCUACCUCGCCUACCUGCAGUACUGGGCGAGGCCGCCGUACCUCAAAUACCUGACGUAUCCGGGCCCGACGCUCAAGCACCUCGAGCUCCUCCAAGAGGAGCGAUUCAGGCAGGACAUUAUGAGCCCCGACCUGGUGCAGAAACUGGUCGAGGAGGAGGUGAAGGCUUCGGUGCAGUGGCACAGGGAGUGA